AUGAAUGACACAGACAAUAAAACGAAGUUAUCGGUCGAGCACGAUGAAAGUGUCUCGUCCCAUUCUUCUUCCUCUGAUGAAGUCGCUCAGAAACAGUCGCUGUUGUCCUCGGUCAAACAGUCCCCUAGAAUAGCCGCGUACUGUCUUGCCUUGACGUCUGGAAUCCUGUUGUAUGGAUACGAUCUCGUCAUCGUGGGCAACGUCUCGUCUAUGCCUGAAUUUCAACGAGACUUCGGUCGUAAACUGAACGGCAGCCUGAUCAUCCCCUCCCUCUGGCUCGGCCUCUGGAACGUCGGCAACCCUAUCGGCGGAAUCUUCGGUUCCCUCCUCGCAGGCUUUGUCCAGGAUCGAACCGGCCGUCGGUUUGCCCUCGCCCUCGCAAGUAUCAUCUCCGCCAUCGGCGUCGCAGUGGCAUACGUUUCGAAUCUCCCCGGCGACAUCGACGCCCGGCGUGGUGUCUUCUUCAUGGCGAAGUUCGUACAGGGCUUCGCCGUGAAUAUGAUCAUGUGCACAACGCAGACCUACAUGUCCGAAGUCCUGCCACCCAUCCUGCGCGGCCCCAUAUUGGCCUUUUUUCCGCUCUUUAUGCUCCUGGGUCAGUUGAUUGGUAGCAUCGUUGUGUUUACGUCUCUCGACGCUCCCGGCUCGAGCGGCUACCUGAGAUGUAUUUACUCGCAGUGGCCGUUCUCGGCGAUUCCGUUGCUCGUGGCCGUGGUUCUCCCGGAGAGUCCAACGUACCUUAUACGACGAGAUCGAGUCGAUGAUGCACGCAAAGCGCAGCGCCGGUUGGAUUCAUCGGCCGUGGACUCGGACGCCAGCGUCGAACAGCUUCGUCUAUCUCUCCAGAUGGAAAGGGAAAAGGCAGGAGACCAAGCUGAUGCGACGGGAUAUAUUGAUUGUUUCCGGGGCGUGAAUCGUCGACGCACGAUGAUCGUCUUGUUUGCGAACCUCGUCCCGCAGCUGUUUGGUUUGACGCUGUUGGCUAAAGCGAGCUAUUUCUUGCAAACUGUGGGCAUGGAUGCAACUAAUAGUCUCCUGUUCCUGCAGGUCGGUAUCGCGCUGGGUCUGGUCGCUAAUAUAGUCAGUAUGUGGACGUUGACGAAAUUCGGUCGCGUGCCUCUCCUUCUGUUUGGCCUGUUUAUCUCCACGAUCCUUUGGACGGGAAUGGGCAUCCUCGGUUGUUUUCAGGGGAUAGUUACAGUCUGGUGGUCCGCCGUAACACUCAUUCUAGUGAUUAUGAUCUGCGGUCUCAGCACUUGGCCCGCCUCGUACGUCGUGGCAGCCGAAGCCUCGGCGCUGUGUCUACGAGCCAAAACGCAGGGUCUAGGAUGGUUAGUGAAUGGCCUCUCCAACGGUAUCUUCGGGCUCGUUCUGCCGUACAUAUUUAACCCUGACGAGGGCGCGCUGCGUGCGAAAACCGGCUUCGUGUAUACGGGUUUUUGUAUCCUUGCGCUGGCAGGCACGUGGCUGUUUGUUCCGGAGAUGAAGGAUCGGAGGCCCAUGGAGAUUGAUAGGAUGUUUGAGAUGGGGUUGUCCACGAGGAAGUUUAAAGGGUGGGUUGAAGAGAGGACAGAUUCUGCUUGA